AUGGAGGCCCGCUCUCUUGCCUCUCUGAAUCACCUCGCUGCAAACCCUCCUCAAUAUCCAGUCAAGCCUCAGGAACAACUGCAGGAGCCCUUGACGCUUUAUAUAUCACGAGUGCCAGGUACUCGAGAUGUCAUCUUGACAACCACCAAGCCGCAGGUGGAAAGUGUGACAGCGGCCGAUGUCACCAGUUCACUGUACUACAUUCAAUUCGACAACUCCAGCCCACAGUCGCAAGGUCCAACCCCGCCUCGUCAACAUUAUGACAAUGCGCGCUCAAGCGAUGAAAGUGCUCGUACGCGUCGAGCUAUUCCACGGAAGCCGAUUGGGGGUGCCAGGCCGCCCACACCCGAUGAGCCACCAGCACGUCUCUUGAACGUCCCUCUGCCGAGUGAACAACCUCCCUCGCCUGGCUCGUCAGGGCUGCCGGAGUGGUACGUCAAGGGCCAGCCCCCCGCCCUCAAAGUGCCUGAGACGGUCCCUUCCACUACCGCUGAGAAUGGGAUAUCUCCGCCCUCAGCCACCGACAUGCCGGCACGGAAACCAGUUGCUUCGUCGCCAAUCACACCUGUCAAGACCCUGCCAACCCUGCAGCAGCCUGCGGAGCCUUUUACAUCGGUGGAAAGGCCUUACUCGCAGCAAAGCUGGCAUGAGCGCGAUGGCGUCCCGGACUACGCAAAGCCGCCGCAUGAAAGGCCAUACUCGCAGCAGAGCAAUCGCGGCAUGACCGACCGCCCGCCUUCCCAACCAAGGAGCGCCGAGAAGCCCUAUCAUCCUCUUCCACCACCACCGGGUGAGCCACAAGCAGCCGUGUUGCCGCGUCGGCCCCGCGCUACGUCUGUGAAUCAACCAGGUCAAGCGGUGCGUGAGAGUGUCCACCGUCGCGCCGAAAGCCAGCAACUCCCCCGGCCAAUGAACUCCCGCUCACCUUCACCCAAGAAGCUUGACGACUCCUUCAGCCUCAAUAUCAUCCGUCGAGAUCCAUCUUCCGGCCAUCAGUGGAACGUUGGUCACAUCUUCUCGUGCCAGCUGCCUGAUCCCGUCACCGCGCCCUAUCCUGAAGAAUCACCUCGCCCGCCUAUAGAUGUCCACAUCCAGAACCCAGGCUACAGCAAGUUCAAGGGUAUGCCAGCUCGCAAAUCCGUCGAGAUUCCCCGCCAGCCGAAUGGCAUCGACGAGCCUCCACCGGAGACAGCCACCUUUUCCCGACAACUCGUCAUGUCGUACUCCAAGUCUUUCGCGAGUAAUGUCAAGGAUGUCUUUCAGAAACGCUCUCGUAGCGGCAGCAAACCGGCUCCGCCCGAGCCUGAGACGUCUCUCGGACAGGCAGGUCCCGGCAUGAAACCUCGCGGGUACGUCUUCGUGAGUCCUUGGGACACUCGAUGCGAGUUCUACACAAGCGUUACGGGAGGUUCGGUGCGAUGUCGCCACCUGCUCAACGACGGACGUGGCAUCACAAAUUCCCUUGUGACCGAGGACUCGACUUCGCCCUUUGCACACGACUCAGCCGUGGUCAGCGAGCUGCGCUUCAACCUCCCUGCCUACGAGAUGCCUGGGUUUGAGGAACAGACUACACAGCAAAAGAUGGGCUCCCUCGCCAAAUUCUGGAGGAGGGACGAUGUUUCUAUCGAAGACGGAGACGAUGGGAGUCUUUCGCCUUUUGAGAUGAACCUCGGCAAGGAACGUGCUGGUGGCGGUCAACGUGGAAGAAAGGCCAAAUUGGGCAAGCUGAUUAUCAACCACGAAGGUCUGAAGAUGUUGGAUCUUCUGGUGGCUGCUAAUAUGGGCGUCUGGUGGAGGACCUGGGAGAAGAGUUUUUGA